GACCUGAAAAAGCCCGAAGGCGUCCAAAAAACGACGACAACAACAGCAAUAACACCGAGAAACAACUACAGCAACAUAACAUAACCGCUCAUGAUCACGAAACUUUCGAGGUGGUACGGAUGGUUGAAAUUUCGCAAAAAGGACGUUAAUUUCAUGGAGCGCUACCUGGAUAUCAAUACCAACAGUCCAAAAUGGACUUCAAAAAAGCUCGCUGUUGUUUUAGGCCUGCCUGGAGCACUGGCUUUAGCUGCUUUUAUCUGGUUGUUUAGAAGAGGCGGAGGAGUUGCGAAGAGCGAAAAAACCGGCGAUUCGAAGUCAAAAAGAAUAAGAAAGGGUCUGCCACCAGGCUUGAUAAAUCUUGGAAACACAUGUUUUAUCAACUGUCUUCUCCAGGCUGUAGCUUCUUUGAAUAAUUUCUGUAAGUGGAUUGAUGAUUUCAAUCAAGACAAGGAAAAAAUAUUGUUAAGCAGUUUGAAAGAAAUUAUUCCAGUUCUUAACAACAAAAGAGGUAUUGAAAAAGAUUUGUUUUCUGCAAUGGAUGUAAUUGAGUCAUUGAGUGCACAUGGAUGGGUUGGGACAUUACAGCAACAGGAUGCUUAUGAGUUUUUUCAAAUAUUGAUGUCAACUUUGGAUGAUGAGCUUAUUUUAGAUUCAGAGGAUUGUCCUGGGUUUCCUUAUGAGAGGGAGAAUUCAGAGUUCUUAAAAAACGUCUAUGGCAGAGUUUGUCGAGAAAUCCCAGCGAAAAAUUUGGCAUCACCCUCACCAUUUAAAGGCAUCCUAGCAAAUCGAAUGACGUGUUUGAAAUGUGGAUAUCAGUCAGUUGGCUUUGAUCCAUUCGAAAGUAUUUCCGUCAGGAUACCAAAAUUCACUGCUCUGGCUGGUGCAAAAUUGGAAAACUGUAUUGCAGAAUUUACAAAGAGUGAACAUGUUGAUGAUGUCAAUUGCCCUGGCUGUACUAGGAAUGCACGUUCAUCCCGGCCUGUCAAAAGCUCGUUUUCAAAGCAGCUGUCUUUCGCUAAGCUACCGAAAUGUCUCUGUAUACACAUCCAAAGGAGCUACUUCUUACCAAAUGGCUACUCGUAUAAAAACAGUCAGUUCGUACGCUACAGUGAUGUCAUAGACUUGAAUGCAUAUCGAUACAACACAUUCGCCUAUAACAACAGGCUGAAGAGUCAAAAGACAUCUUCACUAGAAUCGCAAUCUGCGGCAAGUCUUCCUUUAAGAGGCGGCAGUAGCAACUUUCAUUUGGAGCAAGCUUCCAGAGACUCAUAUUCCUCGAAGUCAUGUUACCGUCUGAAUGCAGUUGUCGUUCAUAUUGGAGAUACUUCCAGUGGGCAUUUUGUUACAUAUAGACGAGCUGUUAAAACCGAGGACAACUGGGUCUACUCUUCAGAUGAAUACACGAAGCCCGCAUCGAAACAAUCCGUACUAUCAAGUAAUGCAUAUUUGCUUUUCUAUGAAAAAAUAGCUGAUAGCCAAUAGUAACGCGUGCGAAGCUUGUUAUAGUUCUGAGUUGCAGUUUGACGCUAGAUCUUAAUUUUAAGAGGCUUUGUUUAUUAAUUUUGUUGGCAAAUAAGAGCAUGAUGGCUAUUUUUGUAAUAUGCUAUUGUUCUAAUAGCUGUAAAUAUUACUAUUGUAAUAAAUUAAAGUUUGUUUGAAUUUUGUUCAGUAGGGCCUCUGAAACUAAAUUUUGUGUAUCAAAAUAGAGUAGAUCAUAUCAGGGUUAGUAAGUAUUAACAU